AUGUCCCAGCACCUGUUCCUUCCACUUGUAAUCAUGGUUAUUAGCUCCAUCCCAGGAGCUUUCCAGGAUGCAGCCCUCAGCCCUACCCAAGAGGAACCUCAAGACUUAGCUUUCACCUUCCGCUGCGGCUGCCCUGAGCCCUCUUCCCGAAUCGUGGGGUGCUCAGAUCCACAGCUAGGCACCUGGCCGUGGCAGGUGAGCCUGCAUCAAGGUGAGAGCGGCAUCUGCGGGGAUUCCCUCAUCGCCCCAUCCUGGGUCCUCUCUGCGGCUCACUGUUUCGUGACGAAUGGGACCUUAGAGCGCGCGGCGGAAUGGUCAUUCCUACUGGGCGUGCACUCCCAGGACUGGCCCCUGGACGGCGCAGUCCGCGCAGUGGCUGCCAUCCUGGUGCCGGACAACUGUAGCACAGUGGAACUGGGCUCCGACGUGGCCCUGCUGCGGGCGCUGGGCCCAACAGUGCAGCCCGUCUGCCUGCCCCGAGCCUCGCAUCGUUUUGCUCACGGCACCGCCUGCUGGGCCACUGGCUGGGGAGACGUCCGGGAGGCGGAUCUUCUGCCUCUCCCCUAGCUAAGGCUGCUGGGAGAGGCUGCCUGUCAGUGUCUCUACAGCCGGCCUGGCCCUUUCAACCUGACUUUCCAGCUGUUGUCAGGGAUGCUGUGUGCUGGCUAUCCAGAGGGACGCAGGGACACCUGCCAGGGUGACUAUGGGGGACCCCUGGUCUGUGAGGACGGCGGCCGCAGCUUCCUGGCGGGAAUCACCAGCUUUGGCUUUGGCUGUGGAAGGAGGAACAGCCCUAGAGUGGCUCCCUAUGAGGCCUGGAUACGGGGAGAUGUGGCGGGUUUAGAGCCUAGGCCUGCCUUUCCUAGCCAGCCCCAGAAAUCUCAGUCGGACCGCGAGGAGCCCAGGUGACCUGCAGAGGCCUCUCAUCUCUCAGAGUGCGGGAAGGCUCAGCAGCCAGGGGUCUGGCCCUGGGAGGCCCAGGUGAUUGUGCCAGGCUCUAGAUCCUGCUAUGGAGCUCUGGUGUCUGAAAGCUGGGUCUGGGCACCCGCCAGCUGCUUCCCGGACCAGAUCACCUCCGAGAGCCCACCCGGAAACCUGGAUGCCUGGCACGUGCUGCUGCCGCCGCGUGCUCUGGCUGAGCGGGUGGCGAGCCUCGUUGCUCAGGAGAACGCGUCGUGGGACAGCGCCUCCGACCCCGCGCAGCUGCGCGCUCCCGUGAACCUGGGCGCGGCCCCGCGAGCCGUGUGCCUGCCUCACCGCGAACAUUACUUCGUACCCGGGAGCCGCUGGCGCCUGGCUCGCUGGGGCCGCGGCGAGAGAGCCCCGGGCUCCGGCGCACAGCUCGAAACCGAGCUGCUGAGCGGCUGGUGGUGCUGCCUGUAUGGCCGCCAGGAGGCGUCAGUGCCGCCACCUGGACACCCGACGCACCUGCUUUGCCCCGCCUACCUGGAGGAGGAAGAGGCGGGCCGAUGCUGGAAUGAUUCCAGUUGGAGCCUUCUGUGUCGGGAAGAGGGGACAUGGUUCCUGACUGGAAUCAGAGACUUCUCAAGCAACUGCCUCUGUCCCCGAGCCUUCUCCCCGCUGCAAACCCACAGCCCAUGGAUCAGCCAUGUGACUCGGGGCACUUAGCUGGAAAACCAGCUAGCCUGGGACUGGGGCCCUGAGGGGGAGGAGACUGAGACACAGACUUGCCCCUCACACAGUGAGUGUGGUGCCUGUGGCCUAAGACCAAAGACCACUCCAGCCGGUGUGUUGUGGCCCUGGCUGGCAGAGAAGUAUGUGUCUGGUGAUCAAGUCUGUACUGGGAUCCUCGUGGCCCUGGGCUGGGUCCUGUCGGCCACACACUGUAUUCUCAGGCUGGGCUCUACAACAGUGCCUUACAUUGAUGUGUAUCUGGGCCGGGUAGGGGCCAGCCCAUUCCCACAGGGCCGGCCAGUGACCUCAGCACCUCCCCUCCUAUGCCAAACUGAGGAAGGCCCCUGGGUUCUCAUGGGCAUGGCUGUCCAUGGGAGCCGUGAGCUGUUUGCAGCCAUUGGUCCUGAAGAGACCAGGAUCUCCCAGACAGUGGGAGAAGCCCAUUUCCUUCAACCUAGUGGCCCUCCCUACUGGCCUCCUGAAGGCAGUAACCUCUGUCCCCCAGACUUGGCAGGAGCUUCGAGCUCCCUGAGGGUUACUACUCUGCUCCUGCCCUUACUGGCUCAACUGAUCCAGGACUGAGUCUGGCUCCUCAGUGACUUCUUCAGGCCAUCCAGCAGGGCUGGAAUGUGGUCCAACCAGCCAGCUCCUGGGCCUGGAAAGGGCCUCAUCCACCCAGACUGCAGCAGCUUUCAGAUAAUUGGACCUCAAUGCUGGCUACUAAGACCCAAAAAUCCUUGGAGGUAGGGGAGGAGCAGACAAUAAAGAUGUAAA